AUGGACAAGAGUUGGAUGAAAAAACCUAGAAGCAGUACCGAAUAUAAAGAAGGAGUCAACCAAUUUCUUGAUUUUGCAUUCCGAAAUGCAUCAAAUGGUGGCAAGAUUAUGUGUCCUUGUAUUCGUUGUGUUAAUUCCUCUUUACAAACACUUGAUGAUGUUAAAGUACACUUGAUAUGCGAUGGAUUUUUAAGAGGAUAUACUCGUUGGAUUUGCCAUGGAGAGGAUCCUAUAACAUCAUUAUCCUCUACUAAUCCUACCGCAUCUUCCUUCUCUAGUCAAGUCUCUCAUUUAGAAGCGAAUGCAAGAAGAUUGGAUGAUAUAGACGGGCUUCUGCAUGCUGCCAUGGGUAUAUCCAAUGAGGAAACUACUGGAAUUAAUUUUAUUAUAAAUGAAACAAAUAGACAACAAUCUAGUGAAUUUACUACUACGGAGCAAAGUAGUGAAGCAGGUGAUGCACAAGAACCUACAGAAAGGGCCGAUGCAGAACAGUGUGGAGGAAGCUCUAAUGGAGAGACAAGCGAGUUUUUAAAACUUUUAAAAGAUGCAAAUGAGGAGCUCUAUCCUGAUUGCAUGAAAUUUUCAAAAUUAUCUUUCAUAAUCCAUUUAUUUCACUUAAAGUGUUUAAAUGGAUGGACUGGAGAAUCAUUUAGCAAGUUGCUUGAGCUAUUAAUUGAUGCAUUCCCAGAAGGUACUUUACUCCCACGAUCCACAUAUGAAGCGAAAAAAGUUAUUAAGGCUUUAGGUCUUAACUAUGAAAAGAUUCAUUGUUGUCCAAAUGAUUGUAUGUUAUUUUGGGGUGAGAAAGCAAGUGAAGAAAUAUGCCAUGUUUGUAGUUCAUCUCGAUGGGUUACUAGAAAGCAAGUAGAUAAAGAAGCACAAACCCAUGAUAAAGAAACAAUGAUCCAUGACGAAAUAAACAAUGCUUCCAUUAAAAAGAAAAGGAAAGCGGCAAAGGUGUUGCGAUACUUUCCAUUGAUACCACGACUUCAAAGGCUUUUUGUAUCCACGAAAACAGCAAAAGAUAUGAGAUGGCAUGAGGAGGGUCGUGUAAAAGAUGGAUUGUUAAGGCACCCAGCAGAUGGAAAGGCAUGGAGAGCAUUUGAUGAACAUUAUCCCGAUUUCUCCUCUGACUCCCGUAAUGUGAGACUUGGUCUAGCUAGCGAUGGCUUCAAUCCUUUUAGAACAAUGAACACCACCUAUAGUACUUGGCCUGUUGUUAUAAUUCCAUAUAACUUACCACCUUGGAUUUGUAUGAAGCAAUCUAACUUUAUCUUAUCCAUGAUUAUUCCGGGUAAAAGAAGUCCAGGAAAUGAUAUUGACAUUUUCUUACAACCUCUAAUAGAGGAAUUGAAGCAAUUAUGGGAAGGAGUAGAUACAUAUGAUGCUUUUAAUAAACAAACAUUUCAUAUGCGGGCUAUGUUGAUGUGGACUAUAAAUGAUUUUCCUGCCUAUGGAAAUUUGUCCGGAUGGAGCACUAAAGGAAAGUAUGCAUGUCCUUAUUGUGCUGAAAAUACACAUUCUAAGUGGUUGUACAAUGGUAGAAAAUAUUGUUAUAUGGGUCAUCGUCGAUGGUUAUCCGAGGAUCAUACUUUUCGGUAUCAAAAUCAUUAUUUUGAUGGUAGUGAGGAGUUAAGAAUGGCACCAACAAGAGCAAGUGGAUGUGAUGUCCUAAGGCAAUUGGAAUGUGUGAAAUUCACAUUAGGAAAAUCUCCAAAACAAGAAGGCAAAGUUCUAAGCAAUCGAAAGAAAGACAAAAAAAGUAUAAAAAAGUCUAAACGAAGGAGACAAAUGAUGAAUGAUACCGGAGAACCAGAUGUGCAAGAUAUAGCCACAAUGAAUGAAAAACUGAGAGAUGCUAUGAGAUCAAAAGAUAAUCUAAAGGCCCGUCUUGACUUGGUAGAUUUGGGUAUUAGACCUGAGCUUCAUCCUCAAAUACUUCCUAAUGAUGAGAUAAAACUUGGAGGUCCCGUACAAUAUAGGUGGAUGUAUCCUCAAGAGAGAUUCUUUGUGCGCUUAAAAUCAUAUGUUCGCAAUAGAGCUCAUCCUGAAGGAUCGAUCGCUGAAGGUUAUAUAGCUGAAGAGUGUUUAACAUUUUGUUCAAGACAAUUUAUUGAUAUGGAAAAAAGAAAACGUCGCCGGCAUACUCACUUAACUGCACAAGAUAUUGAAAAGUUAGUGAGUGAGAAAUUCCACGAAUGGUUUGAAAAGCAGGUGAUGAGAAUGGACAAUCCAACUAUUUCACAAAAAGUUGCAACCCUUGGUAGGGGACCAAAUAAAGUUGCUAGGCGAUUAUCAGGAUUUAUUAUCAAUGGAUUUCGAUAUCACACCAUAUCUCGGGAGGAGAAUAGAAAGACACAAAAUAGUGGUGUCGUUAACACAUCAGAAAUAGAUGGUGUGAAUUACUAUGGUAGGCUACGAGACAUUAUUGAGUUGAAUUACUAUGGAAAUUUCAAGGUUGUCUUAUUUAAAUGCGAUUGGAUAGAUGUCCACCAUAGUUCCUAUGUAUGGAAUUUGAGUGAAGAGGAAAGGAUAGAGAUUGAAGUAGACAAGUAUGGAUGUCCAUGCACAGAAGAAGGAGCCGUCCUUAGUUCAUUUUUAGGAGUUAUCGCAAAGAAUGGACGAUUUGCGCCUCUAGACAUCCCUAGAUGGGAUAAUAAAGCACUUAAUUCAUACAAAGAAAAAAUGCUUAAACUUAUUGAGUCUAAAUUUUCAUAUCCGAUUAGUACAAGAGAUUGGGUUUUAGCAUCACUGAACAAAAAAUGGAGAGAUUACAAGAGUGAAUUGAAGUCGGAAUAUUUUCAUCCCCAUGAGAAGUCUACAAAUGAGAUAAUGGCUAAUGUGCCACAAGAUGUCAUUGAAGACCAAUGGUGUAGAAUGGUAUCAGAAUGGUGUACUGAGAAGAGCAAGAAACUUUGUGAAGCAAAUGCAGCAAAUUCAAGGACGCAAAAGAAUGCUCAUACAUCUGGUAGAAAAAGCCAUGCAAGACGAAGGAAGGAAUUGUCAACAGAGGUGGAUAAACUUAAAGGGGAGAUAAAAGAUAUGCGUGAAGAAGUGGAUCGCUUAAGGGCAUUAAUAUCUCAAAAAUUUCCUGAAGAAAAUAUUGGAUCUCCAUCACCUGCACCUGUGCCACCUAUUAAUCCACAGGUUGUACAUCAUAGUAGUGCAAAUUAUCCUUUUCCUAACCUCCAGUCAUCAUUUUCAAGUCAUGAGCCUUCAAAUGCUGAUCUUCGUGGCCGAACUAUUUGA